UCAGGCGAAUUCCAAAUGAAAUUCAACCUCCCUGACAUCAUCAAAAAAGUUGAGGGACUGGAGACACUUACUGUCCCCUUCACCAAGCAGGAGAUAGAUGUGAUCGUUAACGAAAUGCCGACCGACCGAGCUCCAGGACCAGAUGGUUUCUCUGGUAUCUUUAUCAAAAAAUGCUGGCAUAUUAUUAAGAACGACUUCUAUGAUCUAUGUAACCAGUUCUAUGAGGGGACCCUAAAUCUUGAAAGCAUCAAUGAGGGGUUUAUUACACUCAUUCCUAAGGUUCGCUCCCCAGAGAAUGUCUCUGAUUUUAGACCAAUCACUUUGUUGAAUUGUUGUCUUAAGAUUCUCACAAAACUUCUUGCCAACCGACUACAAAAGCUCAUUCUUAAAAUCGUUCAUCGAAACCAAUAUGGAUUCCUAAAAGGCCGAUCACUACAGGACUGUCUCGCCUGGGCGUUCGAAUAUAUCCAUCAGUGUCAAGCCUCCAAGGAAAAGAUCAUCCUCCUAAAACUGGAUUUCGCAAAGGCCUUUGAUACGAUCGAACAUGAGGUUAUGCUUAUGAUUAUGCAGCAUAUGGGAUUUGAUGACAGAUGGCUCAAUUGGGUAAAAUGCAUUUUCUCCUCUGUUGGGCUCAAGAUAAACUUCCACAAGUCCACACUUAUCCCAAUCAACUGUGAGGCUGCCUGCUACAAUGAGCUCUCCAAUAUCUUUGGAUGUAAUGUUGGUUCCAUGCCCUUCACUUACCUAGGGUUACCUCUCGGGACAACCAAGCCCUCAGUUCAAGAUUUAAUGCCGCUUGUUUGUACAAUGGAACGUCGGGUGUCAAGCACUCUGACCUUGAUGUCGUAUGGAGCCAGGCUAUCUCUACUCAAUACCAUGAUCACUUCACUAGUCAUCUUUGCUUUGUGCACUCUCAGACUGCCACCAAAGAUAAUUGAACUGCUUGAUAAACUGCGAAGGAAGUGUUGGUCCACAUACUAUACAAACAAAAUCCCCCAUGCCAUGGAACCAUGCGGAUCAUUCUGGUGGAGAGAUGUUCUCAAGCUCACCCUGAUUUACAGAGGGAUUUCUAAAGCCAUUGUGCAUGAUGGAGCUACAGUGCUCAUGUGGAAAGACCUGUGGCUCGACGCCACUCUCGAUGAAAAGUACCAGCGCGCCUUCUCCUUUGCAAAAAAUGAAGAUAUUUCGGUUAAGGAUUUCCUGGGAUCCACAUCUCUGCAUGAAACGUUUCACCUCCCACUAUCAGUCCAAGCAAUGCAAGAAAUCCGUGAUCUUCAGCAAGAGGUGAGGCAUGUUGGCAACGCUACUGAUCCGACCCCCCACGAUAACUGGACUUACUGUUGGGGCUCAGUGGAUUUUAAGGCGAUCAAAUACUACAAAUUCUAUUUUUGAGAGGUGUAGGCACAUCAAUCAUACAAGUGGCUCUCGGCGGCCAGGUCAACGCUCAAAAUUAAGGUCUUUGGGUGGCUUCUUCUCUCUGACCGCUUAAACACACGUAACAUGCUAAAGAGGAGACACUACAAUAUUGGAGACGAUUACAACUGCCUUCUUUGUGAUCAGCAAAUUGAAGAGACUGUCGAACACAUGAUCUUCCACUGCCCCUUUAGCCAACGAUGUUGGUCCAUUCUAGGGAUAACUUGGCAGCAAACUGGUUCAAGGCUUCGGUGGAUCAGCAUGGCAGCUCAUGAUUGGAGCAGUCCCAUGUUCAUGGAUGUUUUCCUUCAAGCGGCUUGGAGCAUUUGGAAAGAGAGGAAUAACAAACAUUUCAGAAGCAUCCCACCAACUAUUCUAUCAUGGCUCCAACGUUUCAAACAUGACUUUGCCUUGCUCCAACAUAGAACCAGAGAAGAUGUGAGAGACUUUAUUCUCUCUUUUGUAAUUAGCUUAGAACCCCCAUAUAAAGUAGUAGUAGCCCUAGCCUCCACAGGUGGAGGUAAGGCGCCAGGUAAAAACGCCAUGUACAUUGUACCCUGCUUUUGA